AUGUUUAACAACAUUAAUAGUAAUACCUCAAAAGGUAACGAGGAUAGAAAACUGACUGCCUUUAAAAGUAAUAACAGCAAUAUUACAAAGACAUCCACCACUAAUAGUGAGGAUACGGGCUUGACCAAUACCCACAGUUUUCAUAGACCUUUUGGCAAUAAUACAGGAAAAUUUGCCAACGAUCCAGUCCCACCCCUAAAUAAACCAGUGGAACCUGUAUUUCACAAUGAUCUAAACCACAAAAAGUCUUCUGAGUAUAAUGCAACUACUAAAGCACCAACAUCCCAUGUUACUAACGAGGUACCAAAACAACAACAACAACAACCAAAACAUACCAAACACAAAAAGAAACUUGGUGGUUUUAAUUUGAAAAAAAUAGGGUCUUCCACUACAUCGUUACUGCUUGGUAAUACUAACAUUCUUCAUUCUCUGGAUACCAUUAAUAAUAAUUAUAAUAUCAAUGAUAAUAAUAUACCUACCACCAUCACUACUACUGCUAAUAAUAACAACAACAACAAUAAUAAUGAUGCUAUUUCUUCUGGUGAAAGAAAAAUUAAAAGCAAUUAUAAGUUUGGCAAACAUUCUAACCCUACUACUAGUAAAAACACCGCCACUGUUAAUAACAAUAACUACGCUUCAGACAAUGAAAUAGAUGAUUCUCAAAGUGUAUAUUCCAACUUAUCCAACUCAGGCAAUUCCAUACGUCGCAAAAUGUCUAGUUUGGUAGGUGGUCAUGUUGCACAUAACCAUGAUAAUGAUGAUCGAAUAUCUUCUAGACAUCAUUCUACUGCAACAAGUACGGUUAGUAAUGGUAACAACUAUAACAACCCUAUUUCUACUCAUAACAGUAAUUCUCAUGGUUCCAGUGAUCACACUGCGCCAACGGAUAGGAAGAAAUCAGGACUUGCCCCCUUAACUAAAACUCAUUCAUUUUUUGGUUUAUUCAGCCAUAAUGAUCAUCACAACAACAAUGAUAAUGAUAAAAGUUAUAUUACUUCCACUAAUACUAAUAAGGACAACAAAAAAAAUGUUUUAAAACAACGUUCACAACGACAACAGCAACAAAUAGGCAAUACUGCUGUCAAUACCUCUCACCAUAAUGCGACCAAAAAGCCUUCUAUUACUAAUAAUAGUGCCUCUAAAACUCACGAUGGCCCCCUACAUAGCAAAAAUAAAGCAGAAAAUGUAAUUAUGCCCGUAAAGUCGAAUUUAAUUAAAAGGACUGAUACUUUACGGAAACCAUCUCGUAACAUUAGUACUAAAAAUAUCACUGACACAAUAAGUCCCCCUUCUGUUUCCAGUUCAAAUAUGCAAAAUAAUAAUAUUUCCAACAAAAAUUCUGAUACCCUUUCCUUGCCUGAACAUGACAAAGGGAGAAAUGAAAAUGAUAACAAGAUCCUUGAUAGACAAAUGCCCAACGCUACUUCUGCUGCUAACGAUAACACGACAGGUAGUAUAUUAUCCUAUGAUUCGUAUAAUAUUGACAACAAAAUCAAUAGUAACAACAGAACUUCGACUUUGUUUGAAGGGCCGACUCCUUUAAUGAAAAAUGUUUCUGCUACUAGCAGAAGGAAUAGUGAUUUAUCCUUAAAAGGAAUAGAUAAUACUAUUACUAAUAUUGACGAAGCAUCUAGCAUUGUCUCUCAUCCUACUUUACAAAAAGCCAAGACAAACUGGCAGGCACCCCAAAGUUGGGACAUUUAUAAUCCGGAAGAAGAAGAGGGUGGCAUAACUUUAAACCGAAAACACAUCAGAAAGAUUCCAAAACAUACUAACUCCAGCCAAGAUAAUAGUAAUGAUGAUGUUAAUAAAGUUUCAGACAAUAACAAUCCUAAUAGUAGUGUGAAAUCUACUGUCAUAGCUGAUAAAAGCAGCGAUAAUAAAGGUUUGGAUAAUUUAAAUAUUAAAAAAGUUUCUACCGAUACUGUUAAUCCAUCAUCUGCCUCCCCAUACAUAGACAACGGUCAUCAAAACGAUAAGCACCAGCACCAGCACCACCAUCACCACCAUCACCACCAUCACAAUAACAAUGACAAUACCACCGAAAACAAUGACCAUAUUGCCACUAAAAAAGAGGAAAAUUUGGGUGGUGCUACAAACACCGUCAUUAUCAAUGACAAUGAAGACAGGAUUAUACCAGAUAAAAACAUUUAUGAAAAGUUUGAAGAUUUAUCUCCAUUUUCCAGUGCUUGCCCACAGGAUAUUAAUCCAGUUAAUCAUAAGGAUAAUCACCAUGAGAAUACAGGACCUUCUCCGAAAAACACUACCAAAAAUAGGGAUAUUGAACUGGAAGAACCGCUUCAAAAAUUUCAUAAAAUUUAUACUAAACCUUCCACAGAUUACAACAAUAACAGAGAUAACUAUUCGGAGUCUGAUUAUUACUACAACGAAGACGAUAUAUGUUCGGAUGAGGAUGAGAUUAUUACUAGGCCCUUAUAUAGCACUUCUAGUAAAGACUCUUUUUUGAGCACAAAUGCCGAUAAACUACAGGACAUUAGUAGUGUGUACACUACGCCCAACCAUACUACCAUUAACGAUAAGAAUACUGAUGUUGGUACUUCUAGCAAUUCAAUUACCAAUAGCGUAGCUGCCAACAUUUCCUCUACAUUGAAUUUGUCCAAAAUACAUUCGAACGCUACAAAGAAUAUGAGCACGGUUAAUAAGGGUAACCCUAUUUUUUUGGUUGAUAAGGACGAAGAAAUCGAAUGUUUUAAUUAUGAAAAGUAUUAUAACGAUUUUAGUGAGGUUAAUCUAAGUAGAAAAUUUGCUAUUCGUAUUUUUAAUUUGAGCGAUGGCACAUUUGCGACAUUAUCUGCUUUUCUAACCAGCUCAGUACAAGAAUUAAUACCCAUUUUAAAAAAAAAAUUCAAUGUAUCAUCUUCUGGGGUUUACCAAAUAUCUUUGAGAAUUGGUAAAUUGUCAAAAGUUUUAAGACCGCACAGCAAACCGAUUUCUAUUCAAUUAAGGUUACUACUAUUGAGUGGCUAUAAAAAAUUUAGUGAUCCAUUAAAUAUCUUGGGGGUUGAGGAUUUAAGUUUUGUUUUCCAGUUUCUUUUCCAUCCAUUGUUGACUAGUCAAUUGACCUACGAACAGGAAUCGCAAUUAUUAAGAAAAGGUGAUUUUGUCCAUGCUGAUUUAAGAGAUAUGGAUUUAACAAGGCCGCCAAUCAUAUUUUAUCAACAAGCUAGCGAGAUUGAAAGUUUAGACGCUAGUAAUAACGGUAAUAUUUUUCUUCCAUUGGAUUUUAUUGACACCGCUAUUAAUUUAUCAAGUUUGAGAAUGGUUAAUAUCAGAGCGUCGAAAUUCCCAAGUAACAUUACUGAAGCUAACAAAUUGGUUACUUUGGAGUUAUGUAGAAAUUUUAUAAAAAAAUUACCACCAAAUAUUUCUCAACUAGAAAAUUUAACAAUUUUAAAUUUACAGUCAAAUAAAUUGGAUAGGUUGCCAGCCGGAUUUGCGCAAUUACAACAUCUACAGUUAUUAGACUUGAGCUCCAACAGAUUUACCUUUUAUCCCGAAGUUAUUAACAAAUGCCUUAACUUAUUACAAAUCGACUUGUCAUAUAACAAAAUACAAACUAUUCCAAAGAGUAUAAAUAACUUAAAGAAGGUUGCUAAAAUGAACAUUUCCAAUAACUAUUUGAAAGUAAUUGAUGAUUUUUCUGGAAUGGAUAAUUUGAGAACUUUGAACGCAAGGUAUAAUAAAAUUACUGCCAUAAAAUGCAAUUCGCCAUCACUUCAAAAUUUGUAUUUGACUGGCAAUAGGAUCAGCCAAUUUAUAGAUUUCUUACCGAAUUUAAGAACUUUAGAAUUACAAAAAAAUCCACUAACGGUUCUACGUUGUCACGUUGACGAUAUCCCAUUAAAUCUAACCACUCUAUGUUUGAACAAAGCUAAUUUAUCUUCUGUUCCAUCACUAAUUUGGCAAAGAUUUAAGAGCUUAAAGAAAUUGGAAUUAAAUGAAAAUAAUUUAACAUAUUUACCGGAUGAAUUGUCAACUUUAUCAAAAUUGUUGUACUUAAGUGCCAAUAGAAACAAAUUGGAGAACAUUCCGGAAAGCUUAACGAGGUUGAAAAAUUUGAAAAGUUUAGAUUUGCAUUCAAAUAAUAUCAGUGAACUUUGUAAGGGAUUUCCCAAUUUGGAAUUAACAACGUUGAAUUUAUCUUCAAACAUGCUACAUAGCUGGCAAUCUAAUUUAACUGGACUAAUCAAUGACUUUGUAACCAAUGGCGGAGUUAGCAGAUCUCCUCUGGCUAAAAGCUUAAUGUUUUUAAGCUUGGCUGAUAAUAGAUUGAACAAUUCUGCUUGGAGCUGGUUGAAUAUAUUUUGCAAUUUGAAAAGUUUGAACUUGUCGUAUAACCAAUUAAGCGAAUUGAAUACUUCAACGUUGUGCAACUUAACUGAGUUAUAUCUAUCUGGUAAUAUGCUUACUACUCUAUCCAGCGACACUAUUUCUAAUGCAUUGAGGAACUUAAAAGUUUUAAUGGUCAACAAUAAUAAAUUGUUGACUUUACCUGCAGAGAUUUCAAAAUUGCAACAGCUAUCUGUCUUUGAUGUUGGUGAUAAUCAAUUAAAGUAUAAUGUUUCUAAUUAUAAAUAUGAUUGGAACUGGAUAAACAAUAAGGAGUUGAAGUAUUUGAACUUUAGUGGUAAUAAAAGAUUUGAAAUCAAUAGUACUGUGAUUAACGGAUAUGAUUAUUCCGAUUUAACCAAUUUGAGACAACUACGUGUUUUAGGGUUGAUGGAUGUAACUUUGAAAACGUCCAAAGUUCCUGACGAACAGUUCAAUUUGCGUUUAAGAACUACAGAAUCAACUAUUAAUGGUAUGCCAUACGGUGUUGCUGAUACCAUAGGCACAAGAGACUACGUGACUUCUAGAGAUGUUACAUUCGAAAGGUUCAGAGGUAAGCCUGAUGAGGCGUUGAUAUGUUUAUACGAUGGUAAGAAUGAGAUUCCAAAUAGUAAUAAUAAGAUUCCUAAAGUUAUCAGAGAUAUUUACGAUAAACUAUUGAUUAGAAUGUUGGAAAAGUACGGUGAUAAGGAAGAUAGUUCUAUAAAGAAGGCUUUACGACAUAGUUUCCUACAGCUUAACAAAGAAAUUAAUGUUUUGGUUCAUAAUAACGAGAGUUUGAAAUCUAAAGAUGGUAAUGAAGUGGCAACAGGUAUCAACAACAACACCAGAUUGUCUGCGAAAGAUAAUAUGUAUGCAGAUGCAGAAGAUUCUACGUUAACCGUCACUGACCUUUCCAGUGGAUCCACUGCCACAGUUGUUUAUAUUAAAGGUGGUGUGAUAUACACUGCCGGGAUAGGUGAUUCUAUGGCUAUUUUGACCAAAAAUAAUGGAGAUCAUUUAGUUUUAACUAAUGAACAUGUUCCUAAUAAUGAAAUUGAAUAUAAUAGGCUUAGAAUUUCUGGAGGUUAUGUUAAUAACAAUAAAGUUGAUGGGGUAUCUGAAGUUAGCAGAGCUGUUGGCUUUUUCCAUUUAUUGCCCCACAUUCAUGCUUCUCCAGAUGUUUCUAAAGUCAAAAUCACUCAAUCUGACAAGAUGUUGAUUAUUGCGACAAAGAAAUUAUGGAAGUUCAUUGAUUACGAGACUGCAUGCGAUAUUGCCCGUGCUAAUAAAUUGCAACCGAUGUUGGCUGCUGCCAAAAUGAAAGAUUAUGCAAUUUCUUAUGGUUGUACUGAUAUCAUCACCGUUAUUUGUUUGACUCUAGAUAAAGAUCACGGCGGUUCGAAUUUAUCGCAAUUUUCUUUAAAUAGAGAUGAUUUAAUAAACGCUAGAUUCAAUUCUUUUGAAGAUACAUCUUUAAGAAGAUUGCAACCGGAAAUCCAACCGCCAACAGGGAAUGUAGCGAUAGUUUUCACGGAUAUUAAAAAUUCGACUGCGUUAUGGGAAUCUUUCCCCUACGCCAUGAGAAGUGCGAUCAAAACACAUAAUUCUAUUAUGCGUAGACAAUUGAGGAUUUUUGGUGGUUAUGAAGUGAAAACUGAGGGGGAUGCUUUUAUGGUUGCCUUCCCCACCCCAAUCAGUGCAUUAGUUUGGUGUUUAAGUGUGCAACUGAAAUUGUUGGAGGCAGCUUGGCCAGAAGAGAUCACUAGUACUCAGGAUGGUUGCGAAAUCACUAAUCAUAUUGGGCAUAGAAUUUAUUAUGGGUUAAGUGUUAGAAUGGGUAUACAUUGGGGUAGACCUGUUCCAGAAAUGGAUGUUGUGACACAACGAAUGGAUUACUUAGGACCGGUGGUCAAUAAGGCGGCGAGAGUAUCAGGUAUUGCUGAUGGCGGUGAAAUUACACUGAGCUCUGAUUUUGUUGUUGAAUUUCAAAAAAUUAUGAAGUUACAUGGUAAAUUUGUCCUUUCUGAUCAAGGUAACAAAGAGUCUACCAUGAAAGAAGUUUAUGGUGAUGAAUUUGUCGGUGAAGUCAUGGAAAAAGAAAUUCAGAUGCUUGAUGAUAUUGGUUGGGAGUUUAGAGAAUUGGGAGAACAGAAAUUGAAAGGGUUAGAAAGUAAAGAAUUUAUCACGUUGGUUUACCCAAAAAUAUUGGUUGAUAGAUUUAAUUUUGGUUCUGUUGAAAAUGCGUCAUCGUUUUUCGCAAAGAAAACUUUAUUUAGUUUUAGGCAAGUUACCAUGCGUUUAGAAAAUAUCAUUACUGCUAUUAAUGGGUGCACCGCUGAUCUGCAGGACAAAGACCAAACAUCAUUGAUCAAAUUUCCGGAGUCUGUACAAAAGAGUAUUUUCAAGCAGGAGGAAGAAGCAGAUAUGAUUAUAUUUUUCGAUCAUUUGGUUACCAGAUUAGAAGCAUUGGUUGUUACUUUAUCAUUAAGGCAAAAAGUUGAAGGUGAGUUGAAAAAUAAUGCAAAUAGGAAUCAAGAGAAUAAGUCUGUGUAUGAAUUGCUUGACACUUUGUGUGAAAUGGCAAAGGCUAAUAGGAAGGGACAAAGGGAAUGA